UUCCCUUUUUCUUUUCAAAACGCUUUACCUCUCAGUUCUCUUCGUCCCUGGACAUUCUUCCGGUCACCAUCGGAGCCGGCGACCGGUGGCAACCGCGCGGGGACGCCGUUCCCUCUCAUAACUGUCGCACGCCGGGACGCCGCGCGAUCUCCUACCCCCACCCCCAUCCCAGUCUACCACAGCGACACCGUGUGAGAUCCGUGCUUCAUCGGUAGAAAAGAAGGGCACCAUGGAGCUCGAGCACACAAACGCCGCACUCUUGUUUCUUCACAAGUUUGGGAAUAUUAUAAAUUUGGGUCUGAAGGGGCUCAGUUGGUGCCUUGGUGGACUAGUGAACUGAAACUGUAUUAAUAUCUUCAGGCUCUGGUGCAAUGGCCUACGAGAUCAGUGAGAUCAAAAAAAUUGGCAUAGGUCUGGUGGGCUUUGGCAUCCUGUUCUCGUUCCUAGGUGUUAUCCUUUUCUUCGACAGGGGUUUGUUGGCUCUGGGUAAUAUUUUCUUCUUGACUGGAGUAGGCCUCCUUCUCGGUUGGCAAUCUAUGUGGCAGCUAUUUACAAAGAAGGCAAACAUUAAGGGAUCUGUACCUUUCUUCCUUGGUCUCUUUCUUCUAUUUGUCAGAUGGCCUGUUGCUGGUAUAAUCCUGGAACUGUAUGGAUCUUUUGUCCUCUUCAGUGGUUACGGGGCUCCUAUCCAAGCCUUCCUAUAUCAGAUUCCAAUCAUUGGAUGGAUUCUGCAAUGCCCCUUUCAGCUAUUUGGUCUGAGGCGUAAGCGUGCUUGACAAUUAUGGUGGCAGAAAUUCAUGAUAAUUCAUGGGGAAAUAGUAUAUUGCCCAAUGUUAAAUUGUCAGUAGAAAAUUCUUGUAGCCUUCAUCUUUUGUAACUAUGCUCUUUAACACUGCAUCUGCAUGACAUGGGCUUUCUAACCUUGGUUGUGAUGACUUCUAUUUAAUCAACACUCAGUAGAUGAUAGUUUAAUAUUUUAAGUUCAUACGUCAACAAAGUAAUGCCAUCAAAUAUGUGGCUGGAUUAUGGGUUUUGUUUGGACUUGAGAGACACCGACCUUCGUCCCUCGUUAUGCCGUCAA